AUGGCGUCCUCCCCCAAAGCAACCUCCAUCAAGGAGCCAUCCUACGAAGAUCCCAUCGCGCCGAAACAUGAAGUCACAGACCACGUUUAUGCCCAGGAAGAUGGGAUUGCUUCAAGCGGACAACAGCUACCCACAUUAAAGCGAAAGUUGAAGAGCAGGCAUCUACAGAUGAUUGCGAUCGGUGGUACAAUCGGUACAGGUCUUUUUAUUUCAAGCGGCGAAGCCCUCGCGAAUGCCGGCCCAGUUGGAGCCCUGAUUGCCUACAUAUUCAUUGGCACUAUUGUCUUUUCGGUCAUGACCUCCCUAGGCGAAAUCGCUACCUUCCUCCCUAUUCCAGGAGCCUUCACGUCAUACGCGACCAGAUUGAUUGAUCCCAGUCUUGGCUUUGCGAUGGGCUGGAUCUACUGGUUCUCGUGGGCUAUUACUUUCGGCCUCGAACUGACUGCCACGGGACUGAUCGUUCAAUACUGGGAUAGUUCGAUUAAUAUCGCUAUAUUUAUUGCUAUAUUCUGGGUAGUGAUCUUUAUUUUCAAUCUACUGCCAGUCAAUUUCUAUGGAGAGCUUGAAUUUUGGCUAUCUACCAUUAAAGUCGUUACUGUUAUAGGUUUCAUCAUUUUCGGCAUUUGCAUUGAUGCCGGUGCUGGAAUACAGGGAUACCUUGGCUUCCACAAUUGGGUCCAUCCAGGUCCCUUUGUCGACUAUCUCGUUACUCCGGGGCCGACCGCCAGAUUUGUUGGCUUCUGGGCAGUUCUCAUUCAGGCGGGAUUCUCUUGCCAGGGCACUGAAUUAGUUGGCCUCGCAGCUGGCGAAAGUGAAAACCCGCGGGUAACAGUCCCGAAGGCAAUCAGAGCGACCUUCGUCCGAAUUCUCCUCUUCUACGUCUUCACGGUGUUCUUCAUUGGUCUCCUCGUGCCAUCUGAUAACAAGGAGCUUCUUAAUGGCUCGUCGGAUGCCUCUGCCUCGCCGUUCGUUAUCGCCGCCAAGCUGGCCGGUGUCAAGACGUUACCUAGCAUCAUCAAUGCCGUCCUAUUGACUGUGGUUUUAUCAGCUGCCAACUCCAAUGUCUAUUCUGGUAGUCGUAUGCUUAUCGGCUUAGCGAACGACGGAUAUGCACCUUCCUUCUUCGCAAAGACUACUAAGGGCGGCGUACCUUACUACGGUGUGGCGCUUACAGCAGCCUUCGGAUUGCUUGGGUUCAUGAACAUCUCAAGCUCCGGAACUGAUGUAUUCAAUUGGCUUUUGAAUAUCUCUACUGUCGCUGGAUUCAUUUUGUGGGCCUCGCUGAAUGCUUGCCACAUUGCCUUCAUGCGUGCCCUGAAGGCGCGAAACUUCCCUCGGGACAGUCUUCCAUAUAAAGCCCCUUUCCAGCCGUUCUUGGCACAUUACGGAUUAUUCAUGAACAUUCUUAUUCUUUUCACACAGGGAUUCACGGCGUGGAUUCCUUCCUUCAGCGUGGAAAACUUUUUCGUGGCAUACGUCAGUCUUAUUCUCUUCGCCAUCUUGUGGAUCGGUCAUAAGGUUGUUUACCGUGAUCCAUUCGUGUCUCCUGGUCAAGCUGAUCUUGAUACUGGACGUACCGAGAUUGAAAAUGAGCACUGGGAGGUUCAUGUGCCUACAACAUGGUACGGCAAGAUAUGGUACUGGUUGAAUGGUUAA